AUGAUGAAAAGAUUUCAUAAUUUUUAUCUACAGAAACAUCUGCAGGAAAAUGGACCAGCUAAGGGUGCUAGAGUCCUGUACCUGAAUAUCUGCAGCUUUGACAAAGUGCCAUCACCCAAGACAGACCAGGACCCCGUCCCUGUGAGUGGUGGGAAGAUGUCAACUGGGACAGAUGACCAAGGGUUGUAUGCUGCUGUUCCCAUCGUCUUCAAUCCCUCCGUGUUACAAGAAGUGACAAAAGACAAGACAGCAGAGAACAUGCUGGUCAACCUUGCUCUGGAGUAUGUGCAACAUCAGCACCAACUGACAUUGUCAUCAAAGUUUGUUAGAUGUAAAGAGAAGAUGAAAGGUGAUUACAAGACUCUGGUCAAAGCCUUCCAACAGCUGUCUAAGAAAAGUGAACCCUCAGGACCUGUCGGACCAGCAGAUGUCUUAGACUCGCCACAAUCAGUCCUCCACCAGCUGUCAAACCUGUCAACGGAAAAUGAAGACAAAGAUGAGCCAGUUAUCUCACUAGUGUCUGAAGACAAACCUACAGGGAAAUCCAAGUUGAUAGAGGAAAUUUCCAGUACAGAGAUACAGCUUACCAAGCCUGACUUUCAGCUUACAGCGAAGGAGGCAGAGGGAUCAAAGGCAAAGAGACUUGUGCUGAAGAUUAAACUUCCUCUGGUCAGGAGUGUGUCUGACUGUGAGCUAGACAUCUCAGAGGAUGAUGUGGUGUUGGAAGUUCCUGGGAAGUACCGACUGGAGACCACCCUGCCACAGAGCAUAGAUGAGGAACGUGCGACUGCCAAGUUCAGUGUGAAGACAUCUUCAUUAACAGUCACUAUGCCUAUCAAAAUGCACUCCAAUGGCCAACAAUCCUGACAACCUCCGGGGAACCUAAUGCAAGAUGUGUGCUGCACAUAUCUCCUGUGAAAGAUUGUUGUCAAUUGCAAAUGAAGACCUUAUUCCACAGUGUUUCUAUACCAAGUUGCCUUACACCAUCAAAAGUGGAUGAUGAAUCCUAAGUGUGAUUAUCUUAAGAUAUUAAGUUUUAAAACUCAAAUUGAUGAAAUAGCAGUACAUAUAAAGAAGCAAUCUGAUGACCAACAAUUUUGAUGAAUGAUAAACUGGACAGUGAGUGUGUGUAUGUGUGUGUGUGAGUACAUUUUAGCAAUAGAUAUAUGAAUUUUUUCAACAGAUUGAUGAAGUUGUAUGUACAAUUUGUAUUGUAUUAUCGAGAGAAUGUUGAACAUUUGUAAAUGUACCUUGUUGAGGCAACAUUAUGUUGCAAGGCAGUGAAGAUUCAGUAGGUUGAUUUUUACCCAUAUAAUGUAAAUAAACCAAAUCAAGCUCUUUUUCUAUCUUAAGGGGUUUUAUCAGUUUAAUAAAUUUCUAUGCAAUUUCAGA